CAGCACUGCCUCAACUUCACUCUUUUUACCAUCAUUACCUCCAUCAAACACACUAUGCCUAGCUUCGUCCUCGUGGGUGGAGCCGAUAAGAAAAUCUCCCUCGAACACCAAGGUCACCCUUGCCCUCGAUGCAAAUCACACGAUUCCGUACAGCUGACUCGAUCCGAAACGCAAUUUAUUGUGUUCAAUGUUCGAGUGGGAAAGCCAAACAAUAUGCGAGUUCGAUAUGAAUGCGCCAAUUGCUCAUGGAAUGGCAAGGUUUUGCCGCUUUAUAACGUCAUGCUCGAAACUCAAAUGAUGAAGGACAGCUUGUACUUUGACUACUCCGCCAUAGGUACAACUUAUUCCCUCUAGAGCCAAAUGAAAAGCUCUCACAAAUUCCCUUCUCCGAACUCAAGCCUGCACUGCUGGUUUCAGAGCAUUAGAGUUCAUCGUAUACACUAUCGGUUUUGUCUAUACCGCACUACUUUUUUGUACACACCUAAUAUGUUACCCUCCUCCUAAAUAGAUUGUAUAGUUGUUCCAUUCAGUUCAGUAAUAUAAAAACAAUAAGUUCUAAACAUCAUAAGUU